ACUUCCCUACCUCACCAUUCAAGCAUAUCUCUCUCUCUCUCUCUCUCUCUCUCUCUCUCUCUCUCUAUCACCGUAAAUACAGACGGAGCUUCUCCUUAUUUUCUAGCUACUUUCUAUUUUUCUUCUCUGACUGUACAGAACCCUAAUUUUCUGUUAAACAGAAAAGCUCACCAUAUAGCUCCGUUUGGUUGAAACAGAUACUCGUGUCUUCAAAUUUUGACUUUGUUCUUGAUUCUUCCCAUUUUCCAUUUCUCUUAUCUGAUUCGACAGGCGAGAGAAAAGGAACAUCCCAAAAGCUAAAAUCCGUUGUUUUCAACGGGUAUCGACUUUUAUUCUUUCGUUUUUGCCCUCCCAAAUUUACAUGAAAUUAUUCGCAAAAUGUUGGACUUUGAUAAAAACUCCGACGAGUUGAUUUCAGGCGGUUUUAGUUCCAGCAAAACCUCCAUGAGUAGCGACACAACCAUUAGUCAUUGCACUAGUUUUAGCCGAUUAUCUUUGGAUCUGCCGACGAUAUCGCCGGAAAAUCUUCUUACCCUGAAACCUCAUCGAUCGUCGGAUUAUUCAUUCCAAGCGAUUCGCUCACAGACACGGUUGAGCUUCCGGGACUUCAGUUUGGUCCGCCAGAUCGGCAGUGGUGACAUAGGUAAAGUAUAUCUCUGCCACCUCCGCGGCGGGGCGGAGGAGGGGCGACUAUAUGCCAUGAAAGUAGUCGAUAAUGAAGUUUUGGCAUUAAAGAAAAAAUCCCAGAGAGCUGAAACUGAAAGAAACAUCAUGAGAAUGCUUGACCAUCCGUUUUUGCCUACUCUUUAUGCAGAAUUUGAGGCCUCCCAUUUUUCUUGUGUUGUUAUGGAAUACUGUUCUGGGGGUGAUUUGCAUUCCCUUCGGCACAAACAGCCUCAAAAACGCUUCUCUCUGAACUCAGCUAGGUUUUAUGCUGCUGAGGUAUUGGUAGCAUUGGAAUACCUCCACAUGUUGGGAAUCAUCUACAGGGACUUGAAGCCAGAAAAUGUGUUGGUUAGAUCAGACGGUCACAUUAUGCUCACCGAUUUUGAUCUCUCCCUGUGCUCAGAUUCAAUCCCAGCCAUUGAAUUGCCUGACUUUUCCUCCGUAGACCCACCGUCCUCCCCAACAGCCCGUAUACUCACACCAUUCUCCUGCAUUUCCGAUCGGCUCCGGUCGAAGUCUUUUUCCAACAACCGGUUGUUCGUGGCGGAGCCAGUCGCCGCCCGAUCUUGUUCUUUCGUUGGGACCCACGAAUAUGUGUCGCCUGAAGUUGCCUCCGGUAGGUCCCAUGGCAAUGCCGUGGACUGGUGGGCCCUUGGGAUAUUCAUUUACGAAAUGAUAUACGGAAGAACCCCAUUUGCGGGUGUAUCGAAUGCGGCUACGCUGCGUGACAUUGUUAAAAUGCCCUUAACUUUCCCCACCGGCGCGCCGUGCAGUGUGAGGGAAAUGCACGCUCGCGACUUAAUAUCCCAGUUACUCAACAAGGACCCGAAUAGAAGACUCGGGUCGAAACGCGGGGCGGCUGAUGUGAAGACCCACCCGUUUUUUAAGGACUUGAAUUUCGCGCUGAUUCGAUCCGUAACGCCACCGAGUUUACCUGGAAUCUUGAACCAGAGAACAACAACGUCAAUAUAUGAGAAGAAUUUGAGGUCUCAAAAGACGCCGUUUGACAUAUUCUAAUUUACGAUUUGUGGAUUGGGUAAUGUUAUUUACAAUCGUUCACUAUCAUAAUUUUCCUACGUGACAUAUUUGACGAGGAAGGUAGCUUAGCAUGUAGUAAUUUACACUGUUACUAUCUCUAGGGAAAAGAAAAAGGUGUAUAUAUUAUGAGGCUAUUUAAAUUUCA